UGCGCCCUGUGGAGUGACUGCUUCUUCCGUAGCUUGUCCAUGAGCUCGCCCGCUAGCACCACAGAGAAGUGGCUCCUUAAAACCUCCUGUUGGGGUCAUUCACAUCCACAUAACAGUGAUAUCCAAAAUGUCUGCCCCGCUGCUUCUCAGGGCUUUCGUCAAGGAGCGACUGACAGCUGCAGCCGAGGAAAUAUUUCAGGUUUUUGAGAAAACAAUAGAGAAAUAUGAAGAAGAAGCUUCCACCUCCAAACAGGAGAUUGAACGGCUUAGAGGUCUGCUGCUGGAGUUUGUGUCAAAGCACAAAGAAGACCUCUCACAGUCGUCCAUCUUUAAGGAGGAAACUCCCCCCGAGCAGCAGCACUGUGAGCGGGAGCCGAGCCUCAGCGCCGAUCAGACGGACCGGGAGCCUCCACGCAUUAAAGAGGAAGAUCAGGAGCUCUGGGCCAGUCAGCAACAAGAAGAGGUUCAAGAGUUUAAGAAUGCUAAUGUCUUAUACCUACCUCAGUCAUCUGUCUGGGAGAAACACGACCAGCAGGACUCAAAACCGUCUUUGCAACCUCAGACUCAAAACAGUGAAAGCGAGGAGCAGUUUCAGGAGCUGCAAGAAACUAAAACUGUAGCGUUCAUGCUACAUUUCGCUUCGUCCCCUUCUUCACAAACUCAGAUCCAAGAUGGUCGAGAAAAUGAAAGACCUGCUGCAAGUUUUAUGUCAAACCGAACUCAGACAGAACAAAACCAGACUUCCAUUAUCAGCCCCAGAGAGUCCACUGAGUUAUCUCAUCUGAAUUCAGUCGCACCUGACUAUCAUUGCUAUCUGUGCGAGAAAUCUUUUUCCCUCAGUCAUCACUUGAUCAAUCACGCUUUUCGCAUGCAUUUAAAGGACGCGGGUUUCCAGUGUGCUGUGUGUGGAAAGACCUUAGAGUCCACCGAAAGUCUCAAUGUGCACCUUAAAUCACACAAGGGCUCGAGGUGUUGUCACGUGUGCGGGAAACACUGCAGCAGCACCACCGCUCUGACCGAACACAUGACCAGCCACACCGGGGUGAAACUGCAUCGCUGCCACGUUUGUGGGAAAGAGUGCAGCCGCAAAGGUGAUUUAAAGAUACAUAUGAGGAUUCACACCGGCGAGAAGCCUUUCUGCUGCUCUUACUGUUGUAAAAGUUUCACCCACAGCGGACAUCUGAGGAAGCACAUGAGAAGCCACACAGGAGAGAGACCACACCGCUGUAAUGUCUGCGGCAAGGGGUUUCUACAGAGCACACACCUAAAAUACCACUUAGGGACUCACGCUCAGAAAUAUUAAUUUAGUUUUUUUUUUCAUCUGGUGGGGCUCAUAUUUAUCAAACUUUUUGAUUUACACUUAAAAAUGUUCCAAAGAGCCAACUCUGCUGAGUGUGAGCACUAAGACACGUUUAUCAAGUGACUUACCAACAUUUAGGAGCAACUCUUAAGUGAUCACAUGACUAUUAACGUGUAUGCUCAGAGCAGGAAUAGCCAAUCGGAAACAGCAAUUUACCCAACAUCUGCCAUAUUCAUACAUUCAUUCUUCUUAAAAAUCCUUUUACUUAGAAAAAUGCUGUUAUUUUUUAAAAAACUAAAAUAUGUGUCUGUGAAAUCUUUGUCCUUUAAAAAUGGCUGAAAUAUUUAAAAAACUUGAGCGGGAAACAAAUUCUGCAGCUUGUUUCUGUCAUUAAAAAUCAUAAGAACAAUUUAGUAACAAACUGACAGGUGCAGAUGAUGAAGAUGCAUGAGACGUAAUAACAAACGUAAACCAGUACCAGCUUUAUUUGUGUUGUUUUCCUCCCUGAUAAAUGCAAAUAGAAAGAAAAAGUGCAAAUAGUAGGCUAAAACUACUCAACUUUAAAUUGUAGAUAUUGCUUCCCCUAACAUAAUUCAUCAUGACCAAUGAUAUUACAUGUAUAUUAUAUUGCACAGUAACACAUCUCAGAUGGUGUGUGCUCACUUUUUUUUUCUUUAUCGUAAUCAUCUAGGAUCUACUUUGAACAAACUUUGAAGGCCUGCAGAGCUCUCUUUACUUUAAGACUACUUUUAAGUAGUAAGAAUGUUAAUAAGUUCGUGAGUGGGAGUAAAAGGGAAGUAUUAUCAUCUUUCACUUGAGAACAAAAUUUCACUGUUAGCAGAUUGAUAAAUACGGGCCAAGAGGUUUAACAUUCGUUCCUCUUCAUUGUUGACAUGACCUUUGCUCUGAUGGGAAAUCAUUACUCAUUAACAUCUAACAGGAAUGUGUACAAUAACACUGCUGUCAACAUCAAGAGAAUAAACACUGUCUUUGUCAUUA